AUGAAACCAAAUGGCUGGAUUUCACUUAUUUUGAGUAAUAGAGAGUGCGUAGUAUUGCAGUUCGAUAAUGGAGUAUUCAUGAAUCAAGGAUUUGUGCUCAAUGAUGAGAAAGUGUUGAAAGUGUUUGGAAAUCAUCAAAUUGGUGCUAUUUCAUAUAAUGAAGAACAAUCCAUAGAAGUAGUAGAAGGAAUCGUGGAUUUGGAUCAUGGAAGUCGAUUUGAAGGAUUGGUAUUGACUAAUAAAGAAAAAGAAGGUAAAAUUGGAAUUCCAUUUGGAUAUGGUGAAAUGUAUGAUGAUGAUGGAUUCUUGGUGUACAAGGGCAUAAUGAUCAAUUGGAAACGAUUUGGAUAUGGAACGAGUUAUCAUGAUAAUGGUUUGAUUGAAUAUGAAGGAUAUUGGUGUGAUGAUAAGCGAUUUGGAAGAGGAAUCGUAUAUGAUCGAUAUGGUAAAUUAGUGAAUGAAUGUGAAUGGUAUAAUGGAAUUGAAUGUAAUAAUGAAUAUGAAGGCGAUGGCUCAAAACCAAUGAAUAUCGGAAUCAAACAUUUGAAACUGAGUAACAAUUGUGUAUUGGUUGAUUGGGAUGUUUCAUUGUUGUAUAAUUUGGAAUCAAUCGAAAUCGGCUAUUAUUGUUUUGAAUCAGUGCAAACAUUCCGAAUCGAAGGAUUGAAUCGAUUGAAAACUAUCAUAAUCGGAAACAACUCAUUUACUAAACGCAAAAUGAUGAUCGGAAUAAGGUCUACUGAUUAUCGAAAUAGCGAAAUAUACUUUCUAUCAAAAUCAUUCCACAUAUUGAAUUGUGAAUCAUUGGAAUCCAUUCAAAUUGGCCGAUGUAGUUUCAGUGAUUUUGCUGGCGACUUUGAAUUGAAGAAUCUACCACAAUUACAAUCCAUUCAAAUUGGUACAAUUGGAAGUAGGUCAUGCAAUUUCUAUUAUAGUUCAUUUGUGAUUCGAGGUAUUGACAUGAUAUUGAAUAUUUGA